CACUGACCCUAAUACCAACGACUUUGACCGACCACCCUCAGCUUGCACACUCGCACUCUCUCUACCUGAAGGACAUAUACGGCACCAAGCCAACACCCCACACAUUUCGACCCAGGUUCUUUUCUUCCCGGAAUAACUUGUCAGCCCUGCCAACGCAGGAAUCCAACCCAACCGAAUCCAACUUCUCUGAGAGCUAUUCCAAUACCGUCAAAAUGUCUCAAGCCUCCGACUCCCCAAAUGACAGGAUCCCAGACGAAGAUGAUACGGCCGAAGCCCCGCUGACUAUGGCAGCGUCUGUGAUGUUGACGAAUUUGCCGCGGGAUGCAUCGAGGGCAUUGGAGAGUGCGGGGACUUCGAAGGUGUCGAAAGUUACGAUCCGACUUCACCCAAUCGGCAACGCACCACACCUAACACAACGCGUCUUCCGGCUCUCCUCAAACCAGCGCUUCGAAACCAUCGUCCGGUUUCUACGCAAGAAGCUUGGCGUUAAGGAACACGAGAGCGUGUUUUGCUAUAUCGGAAAUGUGUUUAGUCCGAGCUUGGAUGAGGGGGUUGAGAAUUUGUGGAGUUGUUUCAAGACCAACGACGAGCUCGUAGUAGGCUAUGCUAUGUCUCCAUCAUUUGGGUGAGCAGCCUCCACCUCGACUUCUGCUCAACAUCUGCCCGCCUGUGCUGCUCUCCUGCCCCCAGCCACACACCAAAUGCAUGCUAGCCUGGCACAAUGACAAUACGAUUGAUCGAUUGACCAAACGAUAACGAUGAUUCAAAGGCCCGCUGUCCGCGCAGCCAUGGAUCCCCAUGCUACGAGACUGCAGCAUCAGGCAGAUGGUGAUCAAGCAGGAAUCUUGAUGACUACCUACACUACGCUGAGCUCAUAGAAUGCUAGUGGCAUAUGGGAGGGAAUUCGCGGUCGUGAUCAUGACGGCGUGAGAUGAGUGGUGUGGUCAUAGGGGGU